ACAUGAGUGUGGGGUGGGUUUGAUACUUUGAUUGGUACAAAACAAACAGCUUUGUUUGGGUUUUUCGUUGUGCCUUCCACUCUCAGCAUAUUCUUUCUCUACACGUCUCCAUUUCUACUCUUCAAAGCAUCUUAUCGAAGAUCCUCUUUCUCUCUCUCUCUCCUAACUACUAUUAUCUAUAUAGAAGAUCCUAUGAAUCGUUUCUCACCAUAACAAUUCAUCUUUCACUCCUUCCAUUUUUGGCGCCAAAAUCAUGAAACUCGACAAUUCCAACGGCCAGGUGUCAUUUACCGCAGAAGUUUCUCCGCCGCAUAACUCCGACGACGCCGAUGAGGUAUUUGUGCCGCCGUUGAACUUCGCGAUGGUUGAUAAUGGCAUUUUCAGGUCCGGUUUUCCCGAUUCUGCCAACUUUGGAUUCAUGAAAUCACUUCGUCUUCGUUCCGUAAUAUGUUUGUGCCCUGAACCCUAUCCAGAAACUACUGCGGAGUUUUUGAAAUCUAACGGAAUUAGGCUUUAUCAAUUCGGUAUUGAUGGUUGUAAGGAACCCUUUGUCAACAUCCCAAAUGAUAAGAUCCAAGAAGCUUUGAAAGUAGUGCUCGAUGUUAGGAACCACCCCCUGCUGAUUCAUUGUAAACGAGGGAAGCACCGCACUGGUUGUCUUGUGGGAUGCAUAAGAAGAUUGCAGAGAUGGUGUCUAUCAUCUAUUUUUGAUGAAUACCAAAGGUUUGCAGGUGCCAAAGCCAGAGUGUCAGACCAGAGGUUCAUUGAAUUGUUUGAUAUUUCAGGUUUGAAGUACAACCCACUGGCAUUUUCAUGCUCAAGGAAAUAGGAAUUGAAAUAAUGGGUGCAAUUUAGAAAGCUGGUGCUUCCUCCCAUGGAAUAUUUCCAUGAUGAAGUGAAGUAUAACGACUAGUGUUUAAUCUUAUGUGAAUGAAAAUUAGUGUAGGACCAGUAGGAUUUUAUAUGAGAUGUUCUGCUCCGUUACUUUUUCUUUCCUUUCCUGUUUCAAUGUUGGGUGCCCAAUAUACCAGUUUAUGCAAAGAUGUGGGUUGAAUAAUGGCAACUUUCUUUUUUGUAUCCAUCGAAAGCUCUGAUAAAAUGUUCGGCAGCACUGCUGCGGUUAUUUCACUAGUCAGUUACUAUGUGGCAGGUUCUAAGGUGAAGUUUGCAAUUAGUGUGUGAUUUAGUAUCAAGCAAUUCCACCAAAUCUUAUUGUGUAUCA